GAUGGCGCACCUGCACCUGGAGGGGGUGGUAGAGCGGUGCAGCACGCUGGGACACAUCAAGCAGCUGCAGGCGCACCUGCUGACGUCGGGCAUCUUCCACGCCCGGCCGGCCUUCCGCGCCCGCUUCCUCGAGCUCUGCGCCCUCUCCCCUUCCUGCGCCUCCCUCCCGCACGCCCUCCUCGCCCUCCGCUCCCUCCGCCCCCACCACCGCCCCUCCGCCAACGACUUCAACCCCCUCCUCCGCGCCCUCGCCUCCUCCCCCAACCCCCUCUCCGCCCUCUCCCUCUUCUCCCGCCUCCUCCUCUCCCAUUCCCCCCCAACUUCUCCUCGCCCCGACGCGCUCUCUCUUUCUUUCGCCCUCAAGGCCUGCGCCCGCUCCUCCUCGCUCGCCCCCGCGCUCCAGCUCCACUCCCUCCUCCUCCGCCUCGGCUUCUCCCCGGACCCCCUCCUCGCCACCACCCUCCUCGACGCCUACGCCAAGUCCGGCGACCUCCCCCGCGCCCGCCGCGUGUUCGACGAAAUGCCCAUCCGCGACGUCGCCACCUGGAACGCCCUCCUCUCCGGCCUCGCCCUCGGCCCCGACCCCCGCCUCGCCCUCGCCCUCUUCCGCCGCCUCCGCGCCUCCCUCCCCUCCCUCCCCGCGCGCGAGGCCCCCAACGACAUCACCGUCGUCGCCGCCCUCUCCGCCUGCGCCCUGCUCGGCGACCUCGCCGAGGGCGCCGCCGUCCACCGCUUCGCGCGCGCCCGCGGCCUCGACGCCGGCGUCCGCGUCCGCAACGCCCUCAUCGACAUGUACUCCAAGUGCGGCUCCCUCGACCGCGCCGUCGCCGUCUUCCGCGCCAUCGGCGACGCCGAUCGCACCGUCGUCUCCUACAACGCCGUCCUGCUCGCCCUCGCCACGCACGGCCGCGGCCUCGACGCGCUGCGGGUGUUCGACGAAAUGCCUCGCAAGCUCCAGCCCGACGCGGUCACCUACCUCGCCGUGCUCUGCGGCUGCACCCACGCGGGGCUCGUCGACGACGGCCUCCGCGUGUUCCGCGCCAUGCGGGGGGUCGCGCCCAGCAUGAAGCACUACGGCGCGGUCGUCGACCUGCUGGGCCGCGCGGGCCGGCUCGCCGAGGCGCGCGACACCAUCGCCUCCAUGCCCUUCCCCCCCGACGCCGUGCUGUGGCAGACCCUCCUGGGCGCGUGCAAGACCUACGGCGACGUCGCCCUCGCCGAACUCGCCGCCGCCAAGCUCGCAGAGAUGGGCUCCAAUGUUGACGGCGACUACGUGCUCCUCUCCAACGUGUACGCCGCCAAGGCACGCUGGACCGACGUAGGCCGCAUCCGUGACGCCAUGCGGAGCAACGACGUCCGCAAGGUCCCCGGGUUCAGCUACACCGAGGUGGGUGGGGUGGUGCACGGAUUUGUGAACGGCGACACGGGGCACGAGCGGUGGAGGGAGAUAUACAGGGCAUUGGAGGACAUCGCGGCGAGGAUAGGGGAGCUCGGAUACGAGCCGGAGACCGGCGACGUGUUGCACGAUAUCGGGGAGGAGGAGAAGCAGAAUGCGCUGUACCACCACAGCGAGAAGCUCACUAUUGCGUUCGGUUUAAUCAGUACCCCGCCGGGGGAGACAAUCCGGGUGAUCAAGAACCUCAGAAUAUGCAGGGAUUGCCAUUUGGCGGCGAAGCUGAUAUCUAAGGCCUACAGUCGGGUUAUCGUUGUGCGGGAUACAGCGAGGUUUCACCGGUUUGAGGGCGGGGAGUGCUCCUGCAAGGACUACUGGUAAAACCUAGUGCCUGGGUGGAAAGAAAGACGACUAUUGCUGAAAGCAAAACCACGUUGUUCGGGGUCUGUUGAUUUUCAGUCCUGACUCUACCCUGCAGGCCGGUUAAGGCAGGUUAGAUUGAGUUCGCUCAGCUCUACUUACGGCCUUUUUCGAGCCUCAUUUAUUGGUUGAUGGGCGUAUUCUUUUACGAUUGAAGUUCAGAUGAGUGAGCAGGUUGAAACUGAAGCAGCGCAUUCAGCCGGGCAAUGAUCGCAAAUCUUCCAUCUAAAAACAUUGUAAAAUUAUUGUAAAACAAAAGAUAAAUCAAAGACACUGCCAAAGCAUUUUUCUCGUAACUUAAUGCAUGAA